GUGUAUGUAUAUACAUUCACAGCCGUUCGAUCUGUCCUUAUGAUCGAAAACCCUAAUCGUCCAAUGAAACUCAUCGACUUAAUCGAUUUUUCUUAUUGAACAUUCGACCCGUAUAUGAUGAUGAUGAGGAAAACCACUUUCCCAAUCGCUUUUUAAAAACCCUCCGAACCCUGAUUCUCUCCUUCAUCCUCAUCAAGCCACACUUCUCUCUCUCUCUCUCUCUCUGCGAGUUUACGCUUUCACAUGGCGGUCAAUCUUCACCAUGGCUCAACGACGAAUCAGCAUUCAUCAGAAUCAAGGAGUCGGCCUGAACAGCCGUGGUUUUCUCUCCCGCCAUAUCCUCGGUUGAUUAUGGAAGCAAUUGAGUCCAUAAACGAUAAGUACGGCUGCAACAGAACGAGGAUCGAAAAGCACAUCGAGUCAACUCAGCAAAUCAUGCCGCCUUCUCAAUCGACGCUGAUCAACUACCAUCUCAAACGGAUGAAAAAUUCCGGUCAGCUUCUCUUGGUCAGAAACAAUUACAUGAAACCAGGUUCAGAUCCUCCGCCCAAGCGUGGUCGCGGCCGUCCUCCGAAGGAGAAAACUCUGGCGGAUUCCCCUGCUUCUACCGUCCCCGCAGAUCCGCCUAGAUCUCGCGGUCGUCCGCCUAAGCCGAGAGAUCCAUCGAUUCAGCCCAAGGAACAGAUCACCAGUGGAUCCGGAAGACCACGUGGACGACCACGGAAGAAACCGAUAACAGAAUCGGAGACGGUUUCAGAGGGUGCUGUGCCGGCGCCGGAACCGGCAGCUCAGUCUACCGGUGUGUGUCAUGUUAUGUCAAAUUUAGAUCUCUCUGAAGUUUGAACUUUGAACAGGCGUUCCUUUUAGACAAAUGUCUAAUUUUGUAAGAAGAAAUAAAUAAUCUUUAAGCCUUAAGUACACUAAUUAUAUGUUGUAGUUAGGAGACGAAUUAAUCGCGCGGGAGUUGAAAAUUUCAAUGGGG